AAACUCGCUCUCUAGAAGUUCUGACCACUGCCUAAGGACCCUGGGUCUAGAACCAACAAACACACCCGAAGCUAUCGACUCUCUCUCAAGAUCUGCCACCGCGUUGGAUCAGCAAUGGAAGACGACGGCUCUAUACAGGCAACGCAGGCCAAAGAUGAGGAGAGUUUUCAAUCCCUGAGGGUGCAUGAUCUUCUGUCGCUGAAGGGGAAGGUCACGGUCAUUACAGGUGGUGGAAGAGGCAUUGGGCUCGCCAUGGCGCGGGCAGUCGUUGAAAUGGGCGGUGACGUGGCUCUGCUUGACAGGCUGGACGAGUCUGUUGACGAUCUGGGAGAGAUGGAACAAACCUUUCAGAUCCGAAUGAGGUACUAUCGGGUCGAUGUUACAAACAUGAGCGCGUUGUCAGAUGCGUUUAAGCGUGUCAAAGAAGAUUUCGGCUCCAUCGAUAACUGCAUCACCGCCGCAGGCAUCGUCGUCGACCGGCCCUUUUCCGACCACGAAUGGGACGAAUGCUCCAGAAUGCUCAACGUCAACGUGAUGGGAAGCUUUUUCUCGGCCCAGUUGGCUUCGCAAGUGAUGCGUGAACAAUCCACGGGAGGGAGUAUCAUCUUCAUCUGCUCGUCAGCAGCGCACGCAGCCACCCCUUCACGACGCAUGUCCAUGUACAGCGCGACUAAAGGCGCCAUUCUCUCCUUGACACGCAGUUUGGCCGUCGAACUCGCCCCGUUCGACAUCCGUGUGAAUUGUGUAUCUCCAGGAUUUAUUGCGACCGAGAUGGUUCUCGAUCAGGCCAGUAAGAAUGAAAACGUGUGGCAAGGGAUCAAGAACGGGCCUCCGUUGAAACGGAUCGGGUACCGGGCGGAAUUGAAAGGCAUCACGGCAUAUCUCUUGAGUGGCGCAGCAGCCUACACUACUGGCGCAGAGUGUGUGGUAGACGGCGGCAUGACGUGCGGUAGAAUCUAGAAAGCCUCUGAAUUGAUGGAUGGCCGACUAUGUAUUUGGGUCUGGGCUGCUCUUUGAAUCCGUCCGCAGUAGACACAAGGGCUCUUUUCCUCGUCGACGACGACCAAGUCAACCCGUG